ACUGUUAUUGUCCAGUUAGCUCAACCGCAGUCAUGAUGUAGAGCACAGAAGACCCGGUCAUGGAUCUAUCAGGAAAACUUUGGUAUUUUUUGGGAAGCCUCAAAAGUCUGCAAAGAUGAAUGAAACAGGGCAACGAAAAAGUCUCCCGGACCACUCUUCAGGGAGUGGCCACACCUUUGACACCCCACGCCAACCAUCUGUCGUCGACCCCAUCAUAUCCAAACGGGUCUGUUUCUACAAAAGUGGAGAUCCUCAGUUCAAUGGCCUGCGCAUCGUCAUCAACAACCGCACCUUCAAAACCUUUGAGGCUCUCCUAGACAGUCUGUCUAAAAAGGUUCCGUUGCCGUUCGGGGUGAGAAACAUCACCACUCCUCGGGGAGUUCAUGGUAUCCACACUUUGGAAGACUUUGAAGACGGGAAGUCAUACAUCUGCUCAGAUAGCCGCAAAGUGAAGCCCAUCAACCUGGCACUGGCUCGAAAGAAACUGCCACCUUGGUAUCAUGCUAGACCUGUUAGCUCUCGUCGCCAGACCGUGCAGCAGGCAAGGCUUUUCCCAGGCCGGGGCAUCAACAGGCAGGAGGCCAUAGCUGUGCGAACACCCAAGAAGCUUGUGGUUUUUCGGAAUGGAGACCCCUCUGUCAGACACACCGUUGUUCUUCACAAAAAGACAACACCCAGCUAUGAGUCUAUCCUGGACUACAUCUCAGAGCUGAUGCAGUUCCAUGUGGUCAAACUAUAUACUCCGGAUGGAAGACGGGUUGAUGGUGUUCUAGGUUUGAUCAUGUGCUCUGGCACUGUGGUGGCUGUAGGAAGGGAGCCUUUCAGGCCGGCUGUGUACAGUGGAAAGAAAUCACCAUUUCCUCCAAGGAGGCCGAACAACAGAACAGGCAACAGAAGCCAAAAGGCUCUUAACCAAAAAGGGAAAAAUAAGUCGCUAUCUUCUUCUCUGAAAUCAAGAAACUUCUCAACGUCAUCCAAGAGAUACAUAGUUCAUCAGAUCCACAACAGCAUUGCAGAGAGCUCAUACUGUCCAGCAAGUGACCCGGCAAAAUCAGUGGAGUUGGAGUCUAACUGCAUCCUGGAGUCUGCAGCAGAGACGGAGGGUAAUUCCUCUCUUGCAGAUGAAUCUGAAAGACAAGACGGCUUGGUGCCCAGUGAUGACAACAUCGAGAAGUCCUUUCGGGUGAACCAGGAUGGUAGCAUGACAGUGGAGAUGAAGGUGAGGCUGACAAUUAAAGAAGAGGAAACAAUUCACUGGACAACAACCCUGAAGCGCUCAAAUGUAGCCGAUCAACUUCAGGAGGCAGAGGCAGAGCCAGAGCUCUGCUCUGACAAAGCAGAUUCACUGGGUUUACCAAGUGCUGUUGACUGCCUGGAAACCUUCUACAAAGACAAAACUACAGAAAGCAACAAUGAAAAUGGACCAUCACUGAGCAACGGAGCUUUCAGCAGCAGCAACAAAGAAGAGGAUGACACAAAGAACCACACAGACGUAGUUUCCUCAUGGAGAGCACCAACACCAGGACUCAAAAAAGUAAGCAAACAACACACAUCUGUAGAAAGCACCACAUCUGUAACACCAGACGGGAUUCAAGAAGAAAUAGCAGGCUCUUAUUCCUACCAAGAGAGAACAGAAAAUGGAACAGUCAUGCAGCAGUACUGCAUGGUGAAAGAGAGCAGCACAAAACCAGUGCCCAAACCGAGGAGGCGUGGCUCAGUUGAUGUCAACAGCAGGAAUAUUUCGGAAACCACAGCAUCUAAAAGGACUGGAAUUCUGCUAACUGAAUCCAGUGAAGAGGAGAUCACCGAAACUGUCCUUCACAUAUGUGAACAGCAGGCCUGUCAGGACAACUAUCUUGCUAAUGUUUGCAUCCCAGCAGCUGGAUUUUUUCUCAACCGACCAGCAACUCCAGAAAAAAGGCAGCUCUCCUCAAAUAAUGACUUUAAACAUGAACUGUUAAUGCCCAGAACCGACUCUGAGUCAACUUGGAAAGAUGAGAAACAAUUAUAUACAUCAAGAUCCCAUUUGGCACCACUGAAGAUGCAAGGUACUAAAAAAAUACAAUUCCAUAAGUCCUCAAGGGACAAUGGACAACAAAAAGAGGUCAGUAAAAACACAAAGGUUUCCUCAAAACCUACUAAGAUCAAGAAACCCCUUCUCACUCGAGCAAAGAAGCAAAAACAGAAUUCUGCCAUAUCUCGCAAAAAAGCAAAAACCUUCUCCAGCGCUGGUUCCCUUAAACGAAUUUAUGGAAAGAAUAUGAAGUCUGUAAAAAGUAUGAAAAAAAUUAAAAAGAGAAAACAAAGCGGAGAAAAAUAUUUUACCAGAGAGCACCUACAGGAGUCAGAUGGCACUAUAAGAACUGUUGGUAGAGACUCAAAUAUACCAUUACUGGUUAAAGGAAAGAUUAGUGCAAAGGUUUCUUUUGAUACCAACAGUGUUUCUCUUUCGGAGGUUACCAAACCAAGAGGAGUACUGCGGCACCAGACAUCAACGCAUAUGGAGAAAAGGAGCGAAAAGGAGUCACAUGACAUCAACAAAAGCAAAAUUUUACCUGCUUUUAAUUCCUCUAGCUCAGUUACUGGACAGUAUGUAGAGACCUGGCUUGAAAAAUCUUAUCCAAGUCCACUAUCAAACCCAACUCAGGAAAGUAUCCUGAACACAAAUGGCAGCUUGAGAGAGAAAUCUGAAAAGAUUAACGAUUUUGUUAUUGCCGCAAUGCAGGAGAGAGCGUUAGAAAUUCAAACAUAUGGAGCUUCUGAACCCUUGCAGGAAAGUGUGAAGGCAACUCCUGUCCAAAUGAAAGUUCAAUCUUUCGAAAAGAAAUCAAAUGCUUUAACUCCAAAUCCACACAAGCCACUUGCAAAUGGAAUCUGCUCUGAAAAAAGUCCACAAAGAACUGAGGCCUUAACAGAAACAACAGAGGGUGACAUGGACGAAUAUGCUAUUCCUUCCUAUAUACUUUCAAUGGAACUCCCUCCUCCACCACCUGAAUUUCUCAAUACUGAUGAGUCGUCAGCAGCCAGUACCCCUUUAUACAGGCUUUCAUCCACAAGUAGUCAAACAUCAGAUCCUUUUCAAUCAUCUUUGACUCCAAUGUCACCAAUUGACAACACAACAGACAAACCAGGAGGAUCUCAGACCAACAUUCCCUCAACACCGAAGGAGACACAACAGUCCAAAACUUCUGUCAAAAGAGCUCCUUUGGUCAGUAAUGUGUCUCUUGAGAGAAAAUUGUCUCUAAGGAAGGCACGUCUGGAUGAAAACUCACUAGAUAAUCAUGCCACAGCAGAGACAACCCUACUACCACCCCCCUUGAACACUUGGGAUGGUUCACAACAUGAGAUCUUAUCAUCAGGAACAGGCAAAGACCAGCUAGAGGAAACCCUGAAAUCAGUUGUGAACCAAAUAUGCACUCAAUCAGUUUGCACUUCUCCUUCUCCAGCCAGUUCAGCAUCCUACGAGAGAAAGUCAUCAGCCAGCGUUUCAUCAAGUGAAGCAUCAGUGUCACAGAGUAUUACAAACCAAACUUUGGAGAAAAAAGCCAAACUGAAAAGUAGCCCGUCACCAGAGAGAAAACCUCAACAAAAGAAGGAUCAGAACAACUCUCCCAAACUACUGCCAGUCCACAGCCACUCUAUGAAAAAAACUUUUAUACCAAAUAUUGGUAAAGAUAAACAUGCAACGCGUAACAUUAGUCUCUCCCCUGAAAGAAAGCCUUAUAAAACAAAAGUUCAGCUGACGCCCUCUGUACGCUCUCAGUCUCUGGAUGUGGCAUCACCACCUGUUAAGCACAAAACAAGUAAAAAGUUGAAUUCAAGAAACUUAUCCUUGGACAAUCCAGCAGAUCCAAAGAGUACGAAUCAAGACAAAACAUCACCACCAAGAAAAAACCAUCAGGCCUCACAGUCAAUUCUACCACGAGCUGGAGCUGAAAAUGCUGCUCUGAGCAGUGAAUUUUCAACAGCAGAUCGAGAUAAAUCUGAGACAAACAGGCAAACGAUUCAACAAUCACUAAAUACUGCAAAACAGCCAAACAUGAAACCCGUUCUUGAGAAAUUAUGUUACUCAAUAAAGUCAAUUAGACAAAUGACUCAAAACAAGCGCCCAUCGUGUCUGGAAAAAUCAAACAGCUUGCCGGACUUCUCCUCUCAUGUAGCAUCAACCUUUGGCUCGUCCUCCAAAGCUCUCCUGGCAUUCCUGUCUGUCAUGACCCUGAAGGAAGGUCUAACGAGCCUAAAUCUUAAUGAGCUGAAUGCAAACAAUGUCAGCUGUGCAGAAGCUUUAAGGAUGAUUGAUUCUCUCAGAGAAAUAGCUAGCAUUGAAGAUUCCCACCGACUGAAAACCACUCUGUCCGUUCUACAGCAGUCAGCCUCUAAAGAGCUCUUGAAAAGCUGGAGGGGCUUUCAGGAACUUGAAAACCAGUGCAAAAGUCGCAGCUCAACACCUGCAGAGCAGGAGUUUGUAAAUGAGACUAGUCUUGAACACAACUGUGCCGUUGAAGGAAAUGCAAUUGAUGAGAUCAUGGGCAACUUGGACAUUCCUACAGAGCUCAAGGAAGAGUUGGCUUCUCUUUCCGAUGGAGAAAGAAGUGAGAGCAACAAUGAAGGAGAAAUAAGUGCCAGGACUGCAGCAACACUGGAGACGACACCCAACAGUGGGAGUCAGGACAACUGCACUGGUGUUGUCGUACAGGAGGUUGUGCCUCAGAGUGAUGAAGCUUUGAUUGAUGUGAAGUCUAUCAUCAAAAAAUUCUCAGAUAACCACAAGCCAAAACAACAACUUACAGAGUCAGUGAAGCGAAGACCAAAUGGGCAGAAAACCACCAACAGCGGUAAAAACGGUCUUGAUUCUGUGAACGAACUCCAAGCAACUAAACCAAGUUUCUCACAAAUACCUGAACAAAGGCAGCUAUGCAGUUUGUCACCAACUGAUCUGGAACCAAGCAGAGGUGUAGGACAUCAAGACAGUACAGAACAGAUGAAGGAAUCCAAAGAUAUGAAAUUUAAGGAAGAAGGGACAAGAAUAACCAAAGAGGUGAUCAGCCAAACACACUGUUUUACAAUGGAGGAGCAAGGCGGAGUAAAAAGGCAGCUAAAGAGUAAACAGCCCGUCACUGAGAAUUUAUUUCCCCAAAAUGACCAAACAGAUGAGGAAGGACAGAAGAUGCUAAGGGCCAAUAAAGAUUCAAACCAAAAAGAGAGCUCCAAGCAAAGGUCAGCGAAAGCUGUUGCAUACCAGAUGCUGAAACAUGAGAGUAGUGGAGGUGAAAAUCUGGCCAACGCUGAGACUGAAAAACAAUUUAUGCCCAAUUCCUCUGUUGACCUUAUAAUUAGAAGUAAGAAAAGUACAGAAGGUGGUUCAGCUUGUGAAAGUCAGGCUUCAGAACGGCAACAGCACGUUCAAACUAGCUGUAUGGGGCUCAGCAUAAGUACUGACGAGAGUGCAGGCAACUCAGAGGCAGAGGAGUCAUCUUCAGAGGAAGAGCGACCAGCGUCUGACUUAAAAAAACUGCAGGUCAUUGUUGAGGAACAUUCUUCUGGUAAUGAGGAAGAGGAGGAAGAGCUCAUUUGCAAUCCUCCCAAGGUUGAGGUGCAAGCAAAAAAAAGUAAGGAGUUAGAAGCUUUGAUUGAAGAGGCAGAAGAAGACCAGGAAAGCUCUGGAGAAGAGGUUGCAAUAACCUGUCAGCCAAAAGGUCAAAAUAAUCUUAGAGCAGAUUUGAGAGGAGAUCGGGAUUUAUACAUCAUAGAAGACAAGGGCAGUCUAACAUUAUCUGACAGUGUAGGAAAAGGUUUCCAAUUUAAUAAAGAUGAUGACAGUGGGAAUGAUCACAGCAGUUGUGAAGAACUGGGAGAAGAGGAGCUACACAAGACCCAAGGCCAUCAUAUUAAUAGCUCAGCUGAAGAAGAAAUAAGUUAUUUUGAGAAAGAAUCCAGCUCAGAGGAGGAACAAACCAACAUUGACAUCCACGUAGAAGAAAGCUGUGUAGAACAUGAAAAACCUUCUGGAGUGGAAGUAAAAGCAGAAGGCCCACAAGUUUCUGAAACAUUCAAACAGAAUUCGGCAGAAAUCAAAACCCAAACAGUUGCAGAAAGAGUAAUUCUUCUAGAAAAGCAGGUUGCUGAAGCACAGAAAGCAAUGUCCACUCCGUGUUGCACCAUCAGACAUUUCUCACAGAGAAAAAGCCAUCUCGAAUCAGACGGUGAAGGUUCUCCUUCUCAGUCACCCUCUUCAGAGCUGGUUCUGUGUACCCGAUCAGCUCCUCAGUCGUCGCUGUCUUUCAGCUACGACUCCAGUGGAGUCAUAACCAUGGAGCCCGAAGGAAGCAGGGUCCGAUCCAUCAGGGAGAUGUUCCUCGCAAGGAGCAACACUGAUAUCCAGCAAAGACGUUUCCAGAGCCAAAACUCGUCUGAGCUAUCUGAGUUAAGAGCAGAGACAUCAUGCAGUGGUGGCUACCAAUCCCAGACCACGAGUGAUGUGUCCAGCGGUGAAGAUGACUCGGCACGGAAAUCCAUCACCAGAGGCUUUGUGAGGAGAACCAUUGAAAGGCUUUAUGGAAAUAAAGACGCCAGCGCAGAGGAACCAAGCGACAGACCUCCAUCUGAGCCAAACCAGGAAAAAAAGGAACAGUCGAGCAUCUUCUCUCCUUUCCACGCAGCGCGUUCCAAAGCAAUGUCUGAGCUUUCCUACUUCAGUUCUACAAAAGCACUAGACGCCUUCAGCGAAGCCACGAGAUGCAUCGCUUUCAACGCACAAGUGGUGCCUGGAGACAGUUUUUCUACUGACUACAGCCCCUUGCGCGUCAAAGAGAACACAAUGAUUAGAAAGUCUGCUUCAGAUCCAGUUGGAAUAAACAAAUCCUUUAAAAAUGCAACGCAUGAAGAAAGAUUGCAAAAAGACACAGAGGAGGAUGCACCAUAUUCUCUUUUUUCCUCUCAACCAGAAAUAGAAGACAAAACAAAGUCACAACCAACAAAGUGUACCUAUUUCUCCUUGCCCCAUGCCAGUGACUCAGAUAUUUGUCAGGAUGACCUGAGCACGGCGAGCAAGAGCAGCAUGACAGGGGACGGCAUCACAGAAGCAAAGGGUGCUUCAGAAGGAACCAAAACGUGGACAGAGAGGAACGGCAUGCUGCCUGGUGUCGGCAUCACAGACUUUAAGAUGAUGGAUAAUAAAGUACACCCUCUAGUAGAGCACUCGCCUGAAGGUGAGGUCGUGGUUGUGCAGCCGAGGAAAGGUCAGGGGAUUGUUAACAGAAGGCUCCAAGAACCUGACGUGUUGGACUUACUGUAUAACUUUUGCGGAGAGCAUUGUCCUUUAUUGUGAAAGCUUAUGAUUCAUUUAUUUUUAAACUUUCUAACCUAAACGUGUUAAUUAUUGGCCUAGAGUUGAAUACAUUUGAUGUGGUGCCAACAUGUUUAAGCUCGCCUUGCAAAGUUGAAUCAUUAAUACUUAAAAAAAAUGCCUAAUCUGCAUAAUAUUGUUUUAAGCACUAUAUACAAAGAGCUUGUAAAUUUAAGCUUUAGGAAUUAAAGAAAAAAAAAAUCACCUUGAUUGUGCCAUGCACACUUCAGAGCAGCUCUCUUUCUACAUAGUUUGCCUGUCCAACUAGCAGGCUGCUGCAGCAUUAAGGUAAUCUCUUAAACCCUUUAACCUGCUCAGGUCCUCGCAGAUGUCAGGCAAAAAAGCCAAUCCUGGCUGAGGGAGCUGUUUAGCUCAUGGUUUACAUCUCCAGUGGCUCUGGAAUUAAGAUAAAAGUUAUGCAGCUAUAUUGCAAUGUGAAGAAAUGUAUGUAGCCACUAGAGGUUAUUUAAAUAAAAGUGUAAAUAAAAAACGUAUGAAUCAUUUCCUAUUAGAAAUAUCUGUUUUGAAGGUUUUACAAAGAGGCAGCUGUAAUGUUUUGGUUCUUUUAAAUGGAUCUGUAUCAAUAAAAGUAUGUUUACAUUU